UUUCAUGCUUACGUGACCAAAGUGUAACCGCACAAAGAUCUGAAGCAGUUUUCAUCCUGCUAACGUAUUGCUAAUAUCUGACGUUGUACUAUUCUAUGUACGGAGCCUGUACCGUAUGCAAUCUGAAAUAGGCUAAGUAAGUUGGAAACGCUGAUGCGUGAUGCGGAUCCUGAACGUGGCGGAGAAGAACGAUGCAGCCAAGAGCAUUGCCAGCAUCUUGUCCAAGGGUGGCAGCACCCGCCGCGAAGGCUACUCCAAAUUUAACAAGGUGUACGAGUUCCGAUAUGACGUAUUUGGGCAGCCGUGUCAGAUGGUGAUGACGUCGGUCAGCGGACACCUGUUGAGCCUGGACUUCCCCGCGCCCUACUCCAGCUGGCAGAAUAUCGACAUUCUGCAGCUCUUCGACGCGCCUGUCCGCUCCGUCUGUCCCGACAACUCCCUGAGUAUCAAACGCACGCUGGAGCGCGAAGCCCGUGCCAGUCACAAGCUGAUCCUAUGGACGGACUGCGAUCGCGAAGGGGAAAACAUUGGCUUCGAAGUUAUUAGUGUCUGCCUUCGGGGUCAAUCGGCAUUUGGAUGUGUGGCGUGCGCGCUUUUCGGAAAUCACCAGCCACGCCUGCACGCAGGCCAUGCGUAACCUGCAGCGUCCGGAUGAGCGCAUCUCGCGGGCGGUGGAGUGCCGCAGCGAGCUGGACCUGCGCAUCGGAGCGGCGUUCACGCGCAUCCUGACCAUGCGCUUCCGCGAGCGCUUCGGCGCCUUCCUCGGCGCGAAGAAGCUGCUCAGCUACGGCAGCUGCCAGUUCCCCACGCUCGGCUUCGUCGUCGAGCGCUACAGAGAGAUUCAGCGCUUCAUUCGCGAGGACUUCUGGCGCCUCUGCGUCCUGCACACCUUCACCUCGCCGGAGCCGCUGCCGGUGGAGUUCCUCUGGCAGCGUGUCCGCCUCUUCGACGAGCCAGCCUGUCAGGUGCUGCUGGACAUGUGCCGGGCCUCGCCGCGGGCCCGGGUGGUCAACGUGACGCAGACGCCGCGCAGCAAGUGGCGGCCGCUGCCCCUGGACACGGUACAGCUGGAGAAGCUGGCCUCGCGGCUCCUCAAGAUCACCGCCAAGCAGACGAUGAAGAUCGCGGAGAAGCUGUACAGUCAGGGCUUGAUCAGUUACCCGCGCACCGAGACCACCGUCUUUCCCACCCACUUCCACCUCCCGGGGCUGCUGCAGGUCCAGGCCGGGGAUGCGCGUUGGGGCGCCUUCGCCCAACGGGUCCUCCACCAGGGUCCCAAUCCGCGCCGCGGUACCAAAUCCGACCAGGCGCAUCCGCCCAUCCACCCCAUCAAGCACGCUACCACCCUCCAAGGGAAUGAGUGGCGUAUUUACGAGCUUAUCACGCGGCCCUUCCUGGCAACCUGCUCGGAGGACGCCAAAGGUCAAGAGACCAGCAUUCACAUUGACAUUGCCGGGGAGCGCUUCCACGCCGAGGGCCUGGUAGUCACCGAGCGCGGCUACCUGGAGGUGUACCCCUACGACAAGUGGGAGUCCAAGCAGCUGCCAGUGCUACCCGUGGGCCACACCUUCCUGCCCGCCAGCAUCGAGAUGCUCAGCGGACAGACCGCGGCGCCGGCGCUGCUCAGCGAAGCCGACCUCAUCGCGCUGAUGGACAAGCACGGCAUCGGCACGGACGCCACGCACGCCGAGCAUAUCGAGACCAUCCAGGAGCGCCUCUACGCCGGGAUGACGCCCGAACGCCGCUUCAUGCCGGGCCGCGUCGGAAUGGGGUUGGUGGAGGGCUUCGACGCCAUCAACCACAGCAUGUCCCGGCCGCAUCUGCGCGCGCAGCUAGAGGCCUCCCUCAAGGACAUCUGCGAUGGCCGCCGCAGCAAAGAAGCGGUCCUGCAGGAGCAGACCGACAACUACCGCGCCGUCUUCCUGCAGGUGCGCCGAGCCCUCGACACCAUCAGUCAGGCGCUGGGCCGCUGCACGCAGCUCUAGUCGUGCUCGAACCGGCGUCCAAUGUGCCACCUUGUACAGGAAUGGUAUUUCCCUGAUUUUCACAGAAGUGAAAUAUUCUUUACAUUUAAGUUUUUUCGGCGUUAUUUGUUGAUCUCUUUUGGGCGGAAGCAUUAUCUGUAUAAGUAUACUGAUUGAUUUGCUCAUAAUGUUGCGUAAAAGCACAUUUUCUGGCAGUUGUGCACUCUGAGAUACUUUAAGUACCAGCGCGCAAAAGGCUUUCACGCCUAGUACAUAUACAAAUCUUUUGGCUGCAGUAUAUCAUAAAGCAAUGCCAGAAAAGGUGUUUGGGAGUGCGCGACAGCGAACGUUCCCGUGGAUGUACACGAAUUUGGUCCUAACUCCUGAGUACCCUUAAGGGAAGUCCCGGUAUACUAUAUAUGGUACCAAGUACGUAUGGUACCAUGUACUAAAACGUUCGCUUUUGCGCACUACCAAACACUUUUUUGCAUAGUUUCAGGGCAUUCUAUGAUCUGUAGCCAGGUGAUUUGUAUACAUCGGCGUGAAAACCCUUUGUGCGCGCAACUUCCGGUUCGGGAGUUAUGGCUGUAAGAAAGUUCCAAAUAGUUUAAAUGCAUU